GGCAGCUGCUGUGGUUUCAUGAACAUAAAGUGAAUUUAAUCCGAAUUUGAAGUCCGUGUGUUCUGCUAUUCUAGAGAGAGAAACAACAAAUUAAAAAUUAGUGAGAGAAACCAAAAAAAAGUCAAGCCCGAGCAAAGAAACCGUGUGAUAAAGCUCACGAUCUGACAUAACAACCCACCACAAGUGAAACCAAAAAUAUGUGGGCACACAUGGUAUGAUUUACGGUCUUCGAUCAACUCAAAUGUAAAUGGUUUUUAUACGACACUAGUGAAGGAUUUAUUUAAAUAAGGAUACAAGUGAACCGGAGCAAAUGUCUUUCCGCAGUAUAGUUCGCGAUGUGAGAGAUGGCUUUGGGAGUCUAUCCAGGAGGAGUUUCGAUCUGAGGCUGUCAGGUCAUCACAGAGGGAAAUCUCAUAGCUCAGUUGGCGAGUUGAAUGACCAACAUGUGAUUAUUCAGAAUAGUCGUUGGGCUAGCCUCCCACCUGAGUUACUCCGUGAUGUGAUAAAGAGAUUGGAAGCGAGUGAGAGUACUUGGCCUGCUCGGAAGCAUGUUGUUGCCUGUGCUGCUGUAUGUCGAUCAUGGAGAGAAAUGUGUAAAGAAAUUGUAACUAGUCCUGAAUUGUCCGGGAAGAUAACCUUUCCAGUUUCACUGAAGCAGCCAGGUCCAAGGGAUGGGACUGUUCAGUGCUUUAUUAAGAGGGACAAAUCUAACUUAACAUAUCAUCUGUUCCUUUGCCUUAGCCCUACGCUGCUAGUUGAAAAUGGAAAGUUUCUACUAUCUGCAAAGCGCACGCGGAGAACUACUUGCACUGAGUAUGUAAUCUCCAUGGAUGCUGAUAAUAUAUCAAGAUCAAGUAACACUUAUAUUGGAAAACUCAGGUCCAAUUUUCUAGGGACAAAGUUUAUAAUUUAUGAUACGCAGCCUCCUUACAACAAUGCUCAGCUUUCCCCACCUGGCCGAAGUAGAAGAUUCUACUCUAAAAAAGUUUCUCCAAAGGUCCCCACUGGCAGUUACAACAUUGCUCAGGUUACAUAUGAGCUGAAUGUUCUGGGCACCAGGGGUCCGCGCAGGAUGCACUGCACUAUGCACUCAAUCCCCGCCUCAUCCCUUGACCCCGGUGGUUUUGUGCCGGGCCAGCCUGAGCUCCUACCUCGCUCUCUUGAAGAUUCAUUUAGGAGCAUUUCUUUCUCAAAAUCAAUCGACAAUUCAACGGAGUUUAGCAGUGCUCGGUUCUCAGACAUUGUGGGAUCUCGAGAUGAGGAAGACGAAGGAAAAGAGAGACCUCUAAUUCUUAGGAAUAAAGCACCAAGAUGGCACGAACAGUUACAAUGUUGGUGCCUAAAUUUUCGAGGAAGAGUAACAGUUGCGUCUGUCAAGAAUUUCCAACUGAUUGCUGCCACGCAACCUGCAGCUGGUGCACCAACACCAUCACAGCCUCCGCAGUCUGAUCACGACAAGAUAAUUCUGCAGUUUGGCAAAGUCGGAAAAGACAUGUUUACCAUGGAUUACCGAUAUCCGUUGUCUGCAUUUCAAGCAUUUGCUAUCUGCUUGAGCAGCUUUGACACUAAAUUGGCAUGUGAAUAGAAGGGGGGAAAAAGGUGAUUGAUUAUGGUAAGAGAUAGAACAAUUAGUUGGUAAGCAUUUUCUUUUUACUUUUCUAGGGUUUUUAUAGGACGGAGUCGCUGUAUGCAAGUCACUGUACACCGGUCGGUAAGUGCAGCACAUUGGAGAGGACUCUUGCAUUUGGUCACACCCUUUGUUGUAUUAGUUUGCUUGAAAAUGGUUCAUUGUGUUGUUUAUCUAUUGAUCCUUUUACAAGGAUAAAGGAGAAAAGGAUUAGACUUGAAAAGUGUGUUUAACAUCUUUAAGCAAAUUUGACUCUAAUCACUA